CUUUAAGAGUCUUGAGUUUAUAACGGAGCGCAAGAAUGCCGAGAAUCCGUCUCCAGCGUCUCGCUGAAUCAUAUGACUCAAAUAUUGUUCUCCGGACCCCUGAAAGCGCUUCGUUCGCUUUUUAUCCAAACUAUCGCCUUGUGAAGAUAUCCGCUGGACGCGGGCGCCAGAUGCACGCGAAUCAAACCCGUUACGGAAUGCCUGUUAUUGUCGGAUAGGCUCGGAAAGUCGGUUUUGUGUCCUCAUCUGGAUUUGCUCCGGUUUCCUCGCGGGGGAGGAGCAGCAUCCUUUACCACAGAACCACGUCACUCUGUCAAACUUACUGGGUUUUUUUUUUUUUUUUUUUUUUUUCAUGAAAACUUGAGCCAGCGCGAUUCAAGCCCCUUCGUUUUUCUUCCCGAGGAUAUCUGGGUCGGCGUGGAGAGAUGCAGACGGGCUUUAGAUUAAACCUGACCCCCGUCAAAGAGCCUCUGGGCUUUGUGAAAGUCGUGGAGUGGCUCACGGCCGUGCUUGCGUUCGGGACCUGUGGAGGAUACGCCGGCACCAACGUGGUUUCCAUCUUCUGCGGCGGAAGCAGCAACGAAACCCUCAGAGCCGCCUUCGCCUACCCGUUCAGGUUAAACCAGGAGCUGCUGGCGGAGAACAACACCGCUCUCUGCAACCGAACGGUUCCCGCCACCCAUCUGGUGGGAGACUCGUCGUCGUCGGUGGAGUUCUUCGUGGCUGUGGCCGUCUUGGCUUUCCUCUAUUCGAUGGUGGCUCUGCUGGUCUACCUGGGCUACAUGCACGUGUACAGAGACUCAGACUUCGGCCCUAUGUUUGACUUCGCGCUGACGGCCGUCUUCUCCUUCCUGUGGCUGGUGUGCUCGUCCGCGUGGGCUCGGGGUCUGCAGACGGUGAAGGACAGCACCGGGACGGCCGGCAUCGAAUCCACUCUCGUCUGUUCCGACAAAGAGGUCACGUGCGAAGUCACCGAUUACGCCAGCAUGCGCUCGCUCAAUAUAUCCGUGAUAUUUGGUUUCUUGAAUCUCGUCAUAUGGGUCGGGAACGCCUGGUUCGUGUUUAAGGAGACGCGCUGGCACUCUCAGAAGGUCAACGCUCAACAGGCGGCGGGACGGGGUCCCAAUCCGGCGCCCAUCUAAACCACGGCCCCUCAGCACAGCAGUGGAAAACACACAGGAACAGCUCAUGCUUUACAAAAUAACCAGUCGCGUUCGUUCGUGACAUUUCUCUCUUCUCCUUUUUGUUGUCGUAUCUUUUGAUUUCUUGUGCACUUGAAGAAAAAUCCUUUUUUUGGUCAUAUUUUAUCAGCAUGCUUUUUUUUUUUGAACAUUUAAUGCAAAUGCAAUUUUUUUUUUUUGAAUGCGCCGUUACGCUCUAUUUUACUUUUAUGAUCUUUCUUGUCAAAUCUAGCAUAAAAUCUUUUGUCGGCCUCUGUACACGUGUUACGCAGCGUCGGUUGGAUUUAAAAAUAGCAGUUUCUUCUCGCUCAGCAAAUUCCUCGUUGCGUUUGUGUCGUUAUUGAAGCCGUUUUCAUGCAGCGCUAAUCUUCGGUUGCGUUUUUAAGAAGGCUUUCUCUCUUUAUCUUGUUCGAAGCGCGGUUCUCCUGCCACUGCAAUGUCAUUUUUGAUGAAUAAAACUCGACUGUGAAGUGCACUUGGCAGUGUUUGUAUGCACGCAGGACUUUUGCGCUUCUGGGGAGAAAGCGUGAUUUCUUACCCAAAUAAAUCCUGGCUUCCUUCUGGUAUAA